AUGCUUUUAACCAAGAUACUAGUUUCCUUACAGCUCUUGUAUUACUAUAGGGUUGCAGCACACCCACUUUCACUUACACAUUCUCUGGCCAAGAGAGCAGAAAGCUCUACAUUAGAAGCUACCCACAUCCCUCAUGUCCAUGAAAGGGGAGAAGCAGAGAGUUUAAACUCUGCUGGCGAAUUUGAAAGAUUAAGCUUGGAUAAACAUGUUGAAGAAGCAGAGAAGAAUAUCUCCCACUUGGAAUUCAAAAAUGAGGAACCUGUGGAAAAUUUUCUUGAUGAAAAAUUUAAAGCCUUGGAGGUAGGAGAUUUGCAUGAAACAAAUAUGCAAAAGCUUUUGCUGGCAAUUGAAGAAGCAAACCUUGAGGAUAUUGAUAAUGAAAAACCCUACUGGGAAAAACUGCAAGGUUUGAUUGCAGGAUUGAGAAAAAUCAAUGAGCCACUUGAGGAAAUUCUGUCGGAAAAAAUAAUCCCAGAACUGUCAGAUCCCAAGGAUAUUCUCAAAUUUGAAGAAGAGUUAUACAACCAAAAAUGUAAAGCGGUUGAGAAAAGCUUAACUAACCUGCAAAAAGACAUGCUCCAGAAAACUGUUGGGCUUUUCCAGGAAUAUCCAAUUGACCCUGAAGGCUCUGAACGUGGGCAAAUUGAUGAAGUCAUUGUGGAGAACCAGAAGGAGAAUGAGGACAAAAAUUAUCCGGUGAAGUUUGCCAAAUCAAUUGGACCAGCCUUAGCUGAAAUGAGCAAAAGAGGGCUGUUUUUUGGCUUCUUGCAGAUGACUGCUCAAAGUGCCAAGAUGGAUGCCGAAACUCAAGCUAAACUGGCCCACAUGGUGCAUGAAAUACUGGCAAUUCUGCCUACUUCAUCAGACGCAAGAGCCGCGUUUCUGGAGGCGCUACAGUUCCGUGAUCUGAUGUUCUUCAAGACUGGAGGAUUCAAGUACAUCCCUCAAAGCUUGCUUUCCAAACCAUUGACCACUGAGCAACACAAAUUACUCCAGGCUUUCGGAAACUUGAUCCCAACAGAAAAAGAUUUUGAUGGUCCACAUUCACACUGA